UAUAAAAUAUUUCAUGAUUUGUUAAUUAACAUCAUUAAGCAAAGAUGGCCCUAUGGUAUGCCAUCUGGGAGCUAUCACGUAAUAACCGUUUGUAUUUUCCCCCCUUUAUAACUAUGUUAUCGUUUUAUAGAAUUGGAUAAACCUUAUUUUAGUGAUUUUUACUCAUUUUAUUAUGUGCAAUCAACUAAAUCAACAACUAAAACCAAACUAUUAAUUAGGUACGUGAAAUCGGCUUUAACCAUUUUGGGAUACACUAGGUGAAGUGAAAUCGUUGGCGAUAAAUUGCUUUCAAGCGUUAUGGAUUUAGUAUUUUAAUAAUAUUGAUUGAUAAGUAUUAUAUAGUUUAGAAAGACAUUAUUCGCAAUAAGUUAGCUGUUAAUUAUAAAUAAAAUUGCUUUUGAUAUCAGGCGUUAUGGAGUUAGUAUUUGAAUAACAAUGAAUGAUAGGUAAUAGUUUGGAAAGUUAUUGUUCGCAAUAAGUUAGCUGUAUCUAAACUCAUAUAUGAAAGUCAUUCUAUUGAAAGUGUUCAGUAGUGUGGAGAUUAUAUAAUGGGCUUGACUCUAGAUUGUCAAACGCCGUUGAUUUUGUUUUGUCAUCUCUGUAGAAAAACGAAUAUUCAUAAAAAAAGAAAAUGUCAAAAUAGAUUGCGUUAUUCGAAUUGAAAUACAAUAAAAUUUAACCGCUACUUAAAUGGACGAACGACUACAACAAGUAUUUCAUCUGCGGCCUUUGCAGGAAGAAACCAUUGCUUACCGCAAUAAUAUGAAACUUUACCGCACACUAAUGAAACAGACAUGCAAGGCGGAACUUGAGAACUUUGUAAAAGUAGAAAUGAAUAUUGCGGAUAAAGAAUUAAAAAUGCCUGAUCCAAAAACUGUACCACCAGUUUUAACCGAAAAUGAGGAUUUAACACCAAAGAUAGAUGCACUAGUGGAAGACAUAAGAACAACUUCGAUUGGAUUAGAUCUGCUAUAGCUUAUAUUUAUGUCAUCCGAUUCGAUUUGCGAAAAAUUUUAUUGAGACAUCUAUAGGUCAUCUGCAAGCACUCGAAGGAUGGCUGCAAAGUCUACAUAAAAAUAAAAAUUUUAAUAGAAUUAAAACUACACAUAAAAAAUUACAUUAAAAAGUGUAACUAUCGGCUUCUUCUGGAAAAGGCUUCCCUUUGUUCGAAUUAUUAGUAUAUAAUGUACAUCCAGCUAAAAUAAAAAUAACUAAAUUAGUUCUACUGGAAAACAAGUAAUUUGUUUACAUA